GCCCCACACUUUGGGAAAUACUGGGCUAGAUACUCGCAGAGGAAAAGUCUUUUGUGCUCUGACUAGCUUAACACAAAAGAUUUUAUACAGUUGAAAAAAAUAAUAAUUGUAAGCUACUUGUCAAUAUGAGUUUAGACUCACUCUUCCAACAAAUUCUCCAGGCUGAAUAUCAGCAGUCGGAACAGACACAAAAACUCAAAGACGUAAAAGUGGAAAUUAUCCGAUACAAUGAGAAGAUUAAGAGUGAAACCGAAAAAUAUAAGCAAAUCACAGAUGAACUUGAUAAAAAGGCUGAGCAGUUGUCCACCAUGACUCUGCAGUGUGAUAUGAUGAGAAAAUGCAAAGACCAGGCAUUGAAGCAAAUUGAGGAGCAGCUUUGUCAGCAGAGUCGCCUCAAUAGUCGUCUGGCCAAGAUCAAGAAGGAAUCUAAAGAAGAACAGCAUCAGUUCCUCCAGGCGAUCACCAAAUUCAACACUGACUUCAGCCUGACAGGGAACAGCGCAGCCGUGUUAGAGAGCCAGACUCACGCUGAGAUCCUGGCCCUGCGCAGGGAGGCUGAAACUUUACUCAAGGAGAUGGAUGACAUGAAAAGCAGGAACAGCCACAUGAGCUCCACAGUGGAGGAACGGAGCCGGCUGCUGCUGGAACUGCAGGAGCUGAAGAACCUCCAGAGAGACCUGGAUCGGCAGAGGAAGGAGGCCCGAGCACAGACCGGCUCUCUGCGGUCAGAGGUUGAGUUCGUUAGUCAGAAGCACCUCACCGACAGCACCUGUCUGAGCCUGAGGAAGGAGCUGGAGCUGGAGCUGCAGAAAAAUGAAGACCUUGAACAACUGCGGCGGUCCCUGAGCUCCGAGGUGCAGCUCCUCCAGGCAAAACUGAAGAGCAACCAGGAAAGUGAGCAGCAUUAGGAUUAGCCCCCCGAUUCAGGAUGUUUACAUUUACCAUCAGCAUUACUGGUUAUGUUGCAAUAAUACUUAGUUAUACUUUAUUUAAUGAUUUAUUAUCUAAUUCUACUAUAAUUCCUAGUUUUUGACAGCAUUGUCAGUCGUUAUUUGUUAACAUUUAUUAACUUAAUUCUAUACAUGAAGUUUGUUUAAAUUAAAU